AUGUCGAUACAGCGACUGCUGGCCGCUGGGUUGGCUGCAAGCUUCCCAUUCAGCUCAAAUACUACAACAAAUCCGGCUCCUGUUGUCAAUGUGCUCAACGGAAGCUAUACGGGAGUCCAUAAUGAGUUCUACAACCAGGAUUUGUUUCUCGGUAUUCCGUAUGCGCAGCCACCUGUUGGCGAUCUGAGAUUUCGUGCGCCAUUUUCCUUGAACAGUACUUGGAACGGAACCAGAGCCGCGAUGAAAUACAGUGAUAUUUGCGUGGGUUACGGGCCUGAUUCGAAUCACUUUACAUCUUCUGAAGACUGCUUGACGCUCAACAUCAUCAAGCCAGCAAUGGAGAUUGACGAGCCUCUUCCAAUAGUUGUAUGGAUCCACGGAGGUGGACUCGUCCAAGGUUCAAGCGCAGACCCCCGGUACAACCUCUCAUAUCUAAUUCGCCAGUCCGUCCUCGCCUCCAAGCCCAUCAUCGGCAUCUCCAUCAACUACCGUCUCUCCGCCUUCGGCUUCCUGUGGAGCCAAGAAGUUAAAGCCCACGGAACCGGCAACCUCGGCCUCCGGGAUCAACGUCUCGCACUCCAUUGGAUUCAAGAGAACAUCUCUGCCUUCAGCGGUGAUCCAAGGAAGGUGACGCUGUGGGGUGAAAGUUCAGGCGGCUAUUCUGCUGGGAAGCAGAUUCUUGCGUAUGGAGGGAGAAAUGAUGGGUUGUUCAGAGGCACGAUUAUGGAGUCUGGAUUUCUGGGGGAGAAUUGGCCGUAUGGGAAGGGUGAUGCAGAUGAGUAUAAUGAGGCGGUGUACCAGGAACUGAUCGCCCGGACUGGGUGUGUGGGAGAGACGAGUCCGUUGGAAUGUCUUCGGGCUCUGCCGCUUGAAGUGUUGAAUCAAGUGCAGAACAGUUCUGCGACUGAGAUUUUCGGCCCUUGGGUUGUUGCUGUAGAUGGCGACUUUGUGCAUGAGUUGGGUAGUCUGGCUAUGAAGAACGGUCGUUUCGUUAAGGUUCCUAUCUUGUUGGGUACGAAUACGGAUGAGGGGACUGAAGCAGCACCUAAGAAAGGCAUCGACACCGAUGCCGAUUUUGAGACUGCCGUUUCGCUUGCCAGGAUAGAUAACGAUACAGUCACGAAGAUCACGCACCUGUACCCGAAUAUCGACGCUGUCGGCAUCCCAAAGAGCUACAAGCCUCCUCCCGAGAUUCCAGGACUUGGCAAGCAGCACAAGCGCAGCGCAGCUUUCUUCGGUGACGCAGUGGAACAUGCACCGAGACGUUUGACCAGCAUCUCUUGGUCAACCCAUAAUCAGAAAGCAUACAGCUUCAGAUGGAAUAUCAUCCCUGCCGGCGCGCCGGACUAUAUGGGUUCAACUCAUUUUGCUGAGAUCCCCUGGGUCUUCGGGAACCUUGACGGCGCGGGGUAUGAGGCGAAUCCAUUCGGUGACUCUCAGAGAUACAGAGAGGUGGCGAGAUUGAUGAAUUGGAUGUGGAUUUCUUUUGUCGUGGAUCAAGAUCCGAAUGUGCAUGGAAUUGAGGGAGUACCGCUCUGGCCGGCUUAUGAUGCUGCAUCGGGCGUGGGGCAGAAUUUUGCCUUUGAAGGCAAUGAGUCUCAUCAUGUCGAGAGAGAUGACUGGAGGGUUGAGGGAAUGGCCUUUAUUAUGGACAGAGCAGCAAGUGAAUGGAAGUUUUGA